CAAGACCCGUCCUUCCUUCGACACAAGCAGCUAGCGGGGGAGGCUUGCGGUGCAUGUGUUUGCGCAUGGUGGAGUGUGUGUGCCAGUGAGUGUGUGUGCCAUGCUACAGUAGUAGUAAUGGAUUCUCAGCACAGGACCGCGUUAGACAUCUCAACCAGGAAUCCUCAGGAAGACUUUGAGAUCUUACUGCGUGUUGGAGGAGGGACAUAUGGAGAAGUCUACAAGGCUCGACACAAGCAGAGUGGCGACCUGGCAGCCAUCAAGCUCAUUAAGAUGGAGCCAGAGGAUGACUUCUCAGUGAUCCAGCAGGAGAUCAUAAUAGUGAAGAGCUGCCAGCACCGCAACAUAGUGGCCUACUAUGGCAGCUAUAUAAGGGCCAACAAGCUGUGGAUCUGUAUGGAGUAUUGUGGAGGAGGCUCCCUCCAAGACAUCUACCAUGUGAGCGGCCCCCUGUUGGAGCUUCAGAUAGCCUUCGUCUGCAGGGAGAUGCUGCAGGGUCUGGACUACCUUCACGACCAGAAGAAAAUCCACAGGGACAUCAAGGGAGCCAACAUCCUCCUCAAUGACCAGGGGGAGGUGAAGCUGGCUGACUUUGGGAUCUCAGCUCAGAUCACAGCUACUUUGGCUCGCCGCAUGUCCUUCAUAGGAACGCCCUACUGGUAAGCACCC